AUCCCUCCUCCGCUCGGGCACGGGACACCUGCGUGCUCGGCGACAUCGUCAACAUGGACAAGAACGCCGCACCGGAAGACGUCGAGAGCGGCGAGCACGAGCGGAAAGGGACGGUAUGGACGGCGACGGCGCACAUUGUGACGGCGGUGAUCGGCUCCGGCGUGCUGGCGCUGGCGUGGAGCGUGGCGCAGCUCGGGUGGGUGGCCGGGCCGCUCGCCCUUGCCGGCUUCGCCUGCGUCACCUACUACACCUCCACCCUGCUCGCCAACGCGUACCGCGCGCCUCACCCCGUCACCGGCACCAGGAACCGUACCUACAUGGACGCCGUCAGAUCAUACCUCAGUCCUAGAGAGGUGUUCAUGUGCGGAAUCGCGCAGUACGUCAACCUGUGGGGCACCAUGGUUGGCUACACCAUCACUGCAACCAUAAGCAUGGUCGCGAUCAGGAGAUCGGAUUGCUUCCACCGAAACGGCGCCGGCGGCGGCGCCGGCGCGUGCGAGAACACGUCGGCGACCGUGCUCAUGCUGGCGUUCAGCAUCGUCCAGGUGGUGCUCUCCCAGUUCCCCGGCCUGGAGCACAUCACCUGGCUCUCCGUCGUCGCGGCGGUCAUGUCGUUCGCCUACUCCUUCAUCAGCCUCGGCCUGUCCGUGGCGGAGUGGGUCUCCCACGGCGGCCACCUCAGCGGCGAGAUCCAGGGCGCCACCGCGGCGUCCUCCAGCAAGAAGCUCUGGAACGUACUGCUUGCACUGGGGAACAUCGCCUUCGCCUACACUUUCGCAGAAGUGCUAAUUGAGAUCCAGGACACACUGAAGCCGUCACCACCGGAGAACAAAACCAUGAAGAAGGCAGCAAUGUACGGAAUUGGAGCCACCACCAUCUUCUACAUCUCUGUUGGCUGCGCCGGGUACGCCGCAUUCGGGUCAGAUGCUCCGGGCAACAUCCUGACGGCGUCCGGUUUUGGGCCCUUCUGGCUCGUUGACAUCGCCAACAUGUGCCUCAUACUCCAUCUCAUCGGAGCAUAUCAGGUUUACGCGCAACCCAUAUUUGCUACGAUGGAGAGGUGGAUCUCCUCCCGGUGGCCGGAGGCCAAGUUCAUCCACAGCGCGUACACCGUCAGCGUGCCGCUGAUCCAGCGAGGCUCGGUGACAGUGGCGCCAUACAAGCUUGUCCUGAGGACCGUCAUAGUCGUGGCAACGACGGUGGUGGCGAUGAUGAUACCGUUCUUCAACGCGGUGUUGGGGCUGCUCGGCGCGUUUAGCUUCUGGCCGCUGACCGUCUACUUCCCCAUCAGCAUGCACAUUGCCCAAGAGAAGAUCACCAGGGGGAGGAGGUGGUAUCUCCUGCAAGGCUUGAGCAUGGCGUGCUUGAUGAUCUCGGUGGCCGUGGGUAUAGGCUCUGUGACUGACAUUGUUGAUAGCCUGAAGGCUGCAACUCCUUUCAAAACUGUCAGCUAAAAGUAGUGCUGUGGUAUUGUAGAACAACAACAAACAAAAACAGCUACGAGUUGUACAACAAUGUAGGAUUCUGGACUCCGAUUAUGUGUCUGUGUGUACCAACUUUCUCGGAUAUCCGGCGGUUCUUCAAAGAUUUGGACUUCUGAACUUGCUGGAUCAGAUAUAUAUUGACACAUUAGGUUGCUCCUAUCCUGAUUAAACAGACUGGACGGAGCAGAUAGAGUACUCUGAAAUAAAGGUCGGAACAUGUAGUACUAUAGGAAUAACAUGUACAAUGGCCUUUGCAUGCUAGUGUUCCUUUCAACACUUCAAAGUUGUUUAAC